AUGGGUCCCUACCAGACGCUUGCGACGCUCAUUGCGUUGCACUCGAAUGCAGCUUUGGCAGCAUUGGUCGGGGUAUCCAACUUGGAUCCCUUUGGGGUGCUCGAUCCACAGAACUGGGUCAAUCCUGAUAACAUGACCUGGGCUGAUUUCAAACCACCUCCGGGGACGAAUUGGAGCGACCCACCCCGGAAGGGAUCAGAACGGAACUUCAACAUCGCGCUCGUGACGAUAGACUACUCAGAUCGCCCCUUCGUCGUCACUCAGCCGACCGGCUCGACAAUCUACGGCAACCCGCUGCCGGCAGCCCCUCUCCUAACAAGAGAUGAUGUGCCGGUAUACUACCGUGAUCUACUAAAUACUCCGAAUGACUUGAACAAAGGCCAUACUCUGCAUGAGUACUGGAUGGGCGACUCGCUUGGACGCUACGGCGUGGACUUGACAGUGUUUGGUGCUUAUGAAAUGCCGUCUCUAUCUUACCAGUACGGCAUCACAAACGACAUGAAUUCUGGCGGCUGCCCUGAGACCGGUGUCUGUAACAAGGAUAUCCGCACCGAUGCUUUGAGACUGUGGCGGGCAGAUGUGGGCAACGCAACCGCCGACGCGUUCGAGUUGGUAUUUAUCCUCUCAGCUGGGCAAGACGAGUCGUCUACUUGGCAAGAGUUUGGGGAGAUGAAGUUCCAAACCAAGGAUGACGUCCCAGAGGAGUUCGGCCCGCCAGAUGCCGCCGCCGCAAACCUGACCAACUAUGCGAAAACGCGAUAUGUCGAGUGGACUUCCUGGGCGGCUGCAUCCAACACCUGGCCGAACGCUGGAGGUGGGUCAUCUACACAGGCCGAAAGCUCGGGGAUGUCGACAUACGCGCACGAAUUGAGUCAUCUGCUCGAUAUUGGCGACAACUACAAUAACCCCUACGGCACUCCUCUUCGUAGGGCGUUCGCCGGCCCGUUUUCGAUGAUGGAUCGAGGGAGCUUCAAUGGUCCCGGCGGCCCUCAUUCGAGGUGGCAGAUUCCCGCACUAGAGGGUGGCUCGAUGGGAUCUCUGCAUACAGUGCGAGAUAAGGCUCAGCUGGGCCUUAUUAGCAACUCCAGCAUACUCCACCUGUCACGCGAAGCGCUGGCUGACUCGGGACUCGUGGUGGCGGAAGUCACAGCUCGUGCAGUCGAUCCAGGUGAGAGCGGACUGAUGGGUCUUCGCAUCAACAUGAACGCAGACCGGUCACCAGCCUGCAGUAUCCAAACUGAUGUUCUAUGUGACGGUGGCCGAUACAACCACUACCACGUCGAAGUCAUCGACCGAGUCGGUGCUGACUCGUUUCAGCCAGACUCGGGUGUAAUGAUUAGCAAGACGAAGGAGCAGGACUCUCAGCCCUUUGUCUGGGUCAUAGACGCAAAUCCGCAGGAUAUCGAACUAGUCGACUUCUAUCGCCCGAAUGGCACCGCGGCCAUGAUCACCAUGGGCGACUAUCGUCAACUUGCUGAUGCCCUUUUCCAUGCGGGAACGCGGUCAGGCAGUGAAUUCGAAUACGUCGAUACAGCGAAUAGCCUCCAUUUCUACGUAAUUGAUGUAAUCCGCGACGGUGCUGGAGUGCUCUCUUACAGCAUUGGCAUACGUUCGCUGAACGGUACUGGGGGCCCAAGUGAACAUGGCAUCUCGCUUGAGGCGGGAACGACCACAGCGGAAAAUGUGACGGAUCAGGGCGUCUUCUGCACAUUUCCACUGCUUAACAACGGAACUUACGUACCAGGCGAGUACGGACAUCCAGACGACGCAUCGGCAUAUCUUGACUCCGAUAUUUACCGGAUCAGCGCCGAGGUAGACGGACAAGGGUGGCGCGUUGAAUUGCCCAAUACACUGGCCGCGGUCAAGUUCGGCGCGAGUGGCGAGGCUAAAGUUGCUGUCGGUGCUGAUGAAAAUGCAGUUACGACUGCAGUCGUCACGUUGACCGUCUCGUCAGAGUCUGACCCGUCUGUUAUUGCAACUGCUGAGUGCCUGUUACAGAAGUAG